CGAUCAAAUGCAUGCUUCGUCCAUGACCCACCCAAAGUCAACUGCGAUGUCCUCUUUCGCUCGCUUCCAGCGCACAUUUCAACGCUUCCGACCCCCACCCCUCAUCCCCACCGCCGUCCGCACCAUCCAAAUCCUCGCUACGCUUCACCUCGUAUCAAGCACUCUAGCCGAACUCCGGAUAUGUUCUGGAUUCUCCAUGCUCCCCACUUUGUCCCAACACGGCGAUUGUGUCCUAGUCUCCCCUCUUUCCUACUGGUCCCUCCUGUCCGGAUCACAUAAAAAGACAAAACCACAGAGGGGCGAUGUGGUGGUUGCGACUUCGCCAAUGAACCCCAGUCAGGCAGUGUGCAAGCGCGUGCUGGGGGUAGAAGGCGAUCUGAUAGAGAUUGAGCCGAGGAGAGGUGGACAGAGAAAGUGGAUUGAUGCAGGCGGACAUGGGUUUUUGGUCGAUAUACCGGAUGAAGAGGCGGCGAUGGACAAUGUGCUCGUGCCCCAGCGACACGGAGAAGGCCAGUGGGUCAAGGUGCCGAAGGGACACGUCUGGCUCGUUGGCGACAACUUGAGCAACUCGACAGACUCUAGAAAGUAUGGGCCAGUACCGAUUGCGAUGGUGAAAGGGAAGGUGCUUGCAAGAGUCUAUCCCAACCCCCGAUGGAUAACGAACAAUGCCAAAGAGGUGCAAGCGGAGGUAUAGGUCACUCGUCAACAUAUCGUUGUGUCAACACCGUUGAAGAGUGCCAUGCCGCGAACACUGGGAUGCCGCCUCUAAGAACGCCGCUGAUCGCGAGCAAGGGCACUUCAGCUGGACCGAUGAGAUACGGUUGGCCCGUGAGUCGAGUCAGAGUUCCUGGCUAGAUGUGUCUGACAUUGACAUAGGCCGCACAGAACGUAUAUGUAGAGGCGUCCGUGUACAGUGGGGUGGCCUGAGUUUGCGUCCCAGGUCUCAGAGUGAUCUCUAUCAGGUCGUACAUACUAUCCUCUUCGAUGCUACUAGGAUUCGCCCAUACAUUGAUACCAGUCACCAUAAAUCCUCCACUGUUGAUGCAAAUCGUUAUAUCA